GAGACCAAGCUGUGCCUAUCUCAAGAUGCCUCAGUAGCAGAUUCGUGUUUGGGACUUGACGCCUCAAGAUCAUCACUAAGUAGGGAUUAUUGCAAUCACAUAAUUUCCUGCUUGAAUGAAUAGCCAUGUACCUGGGAAGAGCUAAUCCCCAUUACAGAUUUGCAGUUCUGUUUUCCUAUGGACUUGUCGGAUGCUAAUGUGAUUGGGUUUACCCGUGGGUUUCAGGAUGUCUGCUAGCAAUCAAAGGUUCCUCUAGGCUGCAAGGGAGCCAGCUCCUGCAGUCUCCUUCAUUUGGAAGCAGAGACUUUAUAGAGAUUCAGGAGAAAUGGGUUCCCUGAGACAAGUGUGACCUACGUGCCCAGCCCACCAGCCUGACGCCUAGCCAGAGAGAGAGGACCAUGGAUGGCAUCAUUGAACAGAAGAGCAUGCUGGUGCAUAGUAAAAUCAGUGAUGCUGGCAAGAGGAAUGGCUUAAUUAACACCAGAAACUUGAUGGCCGAGAGCAGAGAUGGUCUGGUGUCUGUUUACCCAGCGCCCCAGUACCAGAGCCACCGGGUGGGGGCCAGCACAGUGCCGGCCAGCCUGGACAGCAGCAGGAGUGAGCCGGUGCAGCAGCUGCUGGACCCCAACACCCUGCAGCAGUCGGUGGAGUCCCGCUACAGGCCCAACAUCAUCCUCUAUUCAGAGGGUGUGCUGCGUUCCUGGGGGGACGGUGUGACCACCGACUGCUGCGAGACCACCUUCAUCGAGGACCGAUCGCCCACCAAAGACAGCCUCGAGUACCCCGAUGGGAAGUUCAUCGACCUCUCAGCUGAUGACAUAAAAAUCCAUACCCUGUCCUACGAUGUGGAGGAGGAGGAGGAGUUCCAGGAGCUGGAGAGCGACUACUCGAGCGACACAGAGAGUGAGGACAAUUUCCUCAUGAUGCCCCCGCGGGACCAUCUGGGCCUCAGUGUCUUCUCCAUGCUCUGCUGCUUCUGGCCUCUGGGCAUCGCAGCCUUCUACUUGUCCCAUGAGACCAACAAAGCCGUGGCCAAGGGGGACUUGCACCAGGCCAGCACCAGCUCCCGGCGGGCCCUGUUCCUGGCAGUGCUGUCCAUCACCAUUGGGACUGGCGUCUAUGUGGGCGUGGCCGUGGCCCUCAUCGCCUACCUCUCCAAGAACAACCACCUGUGAGCUUCCUGCGAACGAAGGGGGAGCGCCCGGGGCCAGGUCUGUGUGGACGUGGAGGAAGCAGACAUACCGCAUGAUGCUGUACAGUACAAAUGAUCGCCAAAAGACGCCACGAAGCCCUGGGAUUUCCUACCCAUGAAUUUCUUUUGUUUUUAUCCUUUAAUUUCAUGUUCACAGCACUGUGUAGAGCACCAGACAGACGGGCACUGCUAAUCCUUCCAAAGGAAAGCUCCAAAGAUCCCAGCCCGCAAGGCUGUCUCUGGAUGGAUUCUGGUGGAUGAAUGGCAGCGCAGCUCUCUGCAGCCUGCCAGUGCCCAGAGUGCCGCCGCAUGAGCAAUAUACAAACAGUCCAAAAAAGUGUUUAUUUUUUAUGGAACACGGUGCAAUAGGCAGAGGACAAGGGACACAUCACUCUUCUGUCUGUGGCCCUGCUGGAGUCCUUUGUGCCCCUCCUGAGUCCACAUGCCUUCCCUGCAAGAUGAGAAUGGGGCUGGGAAGAAAGAGGUGACACCAUGGCUGGCAGGAGCCCCGCUGCACUGCUCUGCAGACCCAUUGGCCUGACCCUGGAAGCAGAGCCAGCCCGGGACCUGCCCCUGUUCCUUUCCCUUCACACCACCCCAGCCUCAAGAUGUCGAGCCACUCCAGAACGUGUCUCACUCCACAGCUACCCCGCAGCAAUACGCACUCUUGGGACCUCACUGAUCUAGGAUGGGGAGGCAGGCCACCGCCCCUCCCAAGACUCCUCAAGAAAGAGCCCCACGGUUGCUCCAGAAACUCAAGGCACUGCAGCCGUGGGCACUGCCUCAGCGUAAAGACACAGGGGCGCCUCCCAAUCACCGCGCUGGCGGAUGCUCACCCCGUCAUAAGCAGAAACUAGUGAUCCUGGAAACGAGAUGGGCCUUACUCUGUCGACUAAAUGAAUAGCUAUUUUCUUGUCAUUUUUUAAAGUGCAACUCUUGCUUCAUGCUGCUUAAGUUACCAGACGAAUGCUGAGAAAUAAGUAAUCACAGACAUUUUAAUACCAUUUCA